AUGACUUUAGUUGACCGAACUAUCAGUAACGGAUCGCUUACUAUGAAAAUUUAUGAGAAAAUAGUCGGAGAAAUGCCGCCGCUAACAUCUACGGUGCGUUCAAAGACAUCAUCUCUAAACCCAUGGUAUGUCGGUGGUAUCAGCACUUCUGCUCAGAAGAGAUAUCGUUCGAUGGUUAAACUCGUUCUGGAGAUACUCCUGCCUUCGUCAACGAGACUACGCGAUGCUUUGAAAGUGAAGCCUAAUGCCAUUGCCACGCUAUUCACCAGGUAA